ACUGUUAGAGAAACUUACUAGAUGUAGUACGUUGACAAGCGUUGAAAGUGACCUUCAAAAAAAAAAAAAAAAAAAGCUGAAAAGUGUACAGUCCCGUUUGGGGAUUUAGGCCGGGGAUCAGAUGAGAAUAAUUUAUAUUAAUUUUUAAAUCUUUUGAAGCACAGUACCAUCUUGCACGACGCCUUUAGUAUAACUCAUCUAUAGUUUUGUCUGUUUUUAGUCAACUGUCGAUCGUUUUACUCUCCUGUUUGAGUUGUUCUUAGAUAUCUUAACAGUUGGUACUCUCGAUCCGUCUCAUCUAUCUUCUACUUGUGCUGUCAGUAGAUGACAAGAUGUGUUAGAUAAAGAGAGACGGUUGUUGCAGAAAGAAAGAAGUGCGGUUAGCAAGGAGAUGGAUCAAGAAGGCAAUUUUAGUCAUUACAAUUAUGAUGUGAAUGACAUUGAGAAAGAGGGACUACUGGAUGGUAACGAGAUUGAGGGGCAGUGGUCAGAGGUGUCCAGCAAAAACAGUUCGCACAGGGAGCCACUUUUGACGAAGAGGACGAACACCACCUCCCAGAUUGCCAUUGUUGGUGCCAAUGUUUGCCCCAUUGAGAGCCUCGACUAUGAGAUUAUUGAAAAUGAGUUAUUUAAGCAGGACUGGAGGUCAAGGAAGAAAGUUCAGAUAUUUCAGUACAUUGUCCUUAAGUGGGCACUUGCACUUCUUAUAGGGCUUGGUACUGGACUUGUGGGCUUCUUCAACAAUAUUGCAGUUGAGAAUAUAGCCGGUCUAAAACUGCUGCUGACCACUGAUCUUAUGUCAAAGCAAAAAUAUUUCAAGGCUUUUGCAACAUUUGCUGGUUGCAACAUAGGGUUGGCAGCUGCUGCGGCAGCUCUUUGCGCUUUCAUUGCUCCAGCAGCAGCAGGUUCUGGAAUUCCUGAGGUUAAAGCAUAUCUCAAUGGUAUUGAUGCUUAUUCUAUAUUGGCCCCAAGUACUCUCCUUGUAAAGAUUUUUGGUUCCAUUCUUGGUGUUUCUGCUGGAUUUGUGGUGGGUAAAGAGGGACCUAUGGUACACACGGGUGCCUGUAUAGCCUCUUUACUUGGGCAAGGUGGUUCUCGCAAGUAUCAUUUGACCUGGACAUGGCUAAAAUACUUCAAAAAUGAUAGGGACCGGCGAGACUUGAUCACUUGUGGUGCUGCUGCUGGUGUAGCUGCUGCUUUCCGGGCACCAGUGGGUGGCGUCCUCUUUGCACUCGAAGAAGCAGCUUCAUGGUGGAGGAGUGCUCUUCUUUGGAGAACCUUUUUCACAACAGCUGUUGUUGCUAUAGUUUUAAGAGCUUUUAUAGAAUAUUGUUGGACGGGAAAAUGUGGGUUAUUUGGACAAGGAGGUCUGAUUAUGUAUGAUGUUAGUUCAGCAGAGGUAUCAUAUAGUAUCCCGGAUAUACUAGCAGUACUACUCCUUGGAGUUAUUGGAGGUAUUUUUGGAAGCCUGUAUAAUUAUCUUGUGGACAAGGUCCUUCGCACUUAUAGUAUCAUAAACGAAAGAGGUGCUGUUUACAAAAUUUUACUUGUUGUCACCGUCGCCUUCGUGACAUCAUGUUGUGCCUUUGGCCUGCCAUGGUUUGCAAAGUGCAUCGCUUGCCCUCGUAAUUUGACGGUAACCUGCCCCUCUGUUGAUGGAUCUGGCAACUUUAAAAGCUUCCAAUGCGAAUCAGGCUAUUACAAUGACCUUGCCUCCCUCUUCCUAAAUACUAAUGAUGAUGCUAUACGCAACUUAUUCAGUACCAGCACCGAGAAUGAAUUUCGUAUUUCCACUCUUAUCAUCUUCUUUUUUGCUGUCUACUGUCUUGGUGUUAUCACUUAUGGAAUUGCUAUCCCCUCUGGGCUCUUCAUCCCAGUUAUAUUAGCUGGAGCUUCCUAUGGUCGUCUUGUUGGGAGGCUCUUUGUAUCAAUCUCUAAACUUGACAUGGGUCUCUUUGCCCUCCUAGGAGCUGCCUCUUUUCUUGGUGGCACCAUGAGAAUGACAGUUUCCCUUUGUGUUAUACUUCUUGAGCUCACCAAUGACCUAUUAUUGCUUCCCCUUGUGAUGCUGGUUCUCCUUAUCUCGAAAACCAUUGCUGAUUGUUUCAAUAAAGGUGUCUAUGAUCAAAUAGUUAAAUUGAAGGGAUUGCCCUAUUUGGAGGCCCAUGUAGAACCUUACAUGAAGCAUUUGUUUGCACGUGAUGUUGUUACUGGUCCAUUGAUGACCUUUUCCGGUGUUGAAAAGGUGGAAACCAUAAUACAUGCCUUGAGGACUACAGGGCAUAAUGGAUUCCCUGUUAUUGACGAGCCACCUUUCUCAGAUGCACCAGAAUUGUGUGGGCUCGUUUUGAGGUCUCACAUACUUGUUUUGCUCAACAAAAAGAACUUCUCAAGGGAUAGGGUGCUUACUGGGGAAGAAAACUUGAAGAGGUUUUUCGCAUUUGAUUUUGCUAAAGCUGGAUCAGGAAAGGGGCUCAAAUUGGAGGAUUUGGAUAUUGAUGAAGACGAGAUGGAGAUGUAUGUUGAUCUACAUCCAAUUACUAAUGCAUCACCAUACACAGUGGUUGAGACAAUGUCACUGGCUAAAGCUGCAAUUCUAUUUCGCCAACUUGGUCUCAGGCAUAUGUGCGUCGUACCAAAGACUCAAGGGAGGCAUCCAAUCGUUGGAAUUUUGACGCGACAUGACUUCAUGCCGGAGCAUGUAUUGGGGCUCUACCCCCGAAUCAAAAGUCUCAAGUAAGGAUGAUGAGCCAUGCUGAAUGUUUUGGUGUUUUAUGUCACAUUGUUUGAUUUGUGGGUGAUUUAGGCGGCAUUUGUAACAUUCAAGUCAAUUCAACCGUAAUGAGCGCAACACGAAUAAGAAGGAAGUUCUUGAGACUCUAGAAGCCAUCCCGUAUACUUCAUACUCAUCAACAGUUCAAAUCGCAUGACGAAUACAAUUGUCCAAAUGUAAAUUCACGUAAAAUGAACAGAAUAGUUUCAUUUUUGAGUGUUUGAACACUCGAGUACUUGAUCAUUUUGUUCUUUGUGUGCCAUUUUAAUAAAACUCAGUGUUUGAUCAUUUUGUUCUCUGUGUGCCAUUUUAAUAAAACUCUGUUUGAACA